AUGCUCCUUGAAGAAGACCCAGCCGCUCUCAUCCACCAUACCAUAACCAACUUCAAUAUCCAACCAGACAAGCUUGCUCUCUCGCGCAUAAAUGAUUCUCUCUCCUCGCUCCAGCAGUCUCGAGAACUGCGCUUCCAGGAAGUGGAAAACUCACUACGCAAGCUCUCGCGCCAGCUGAGCACGCUCAACGCCCAGCACAAGGAAACGGUCGAGUCACACGAUCCCGCUCGCCAUGCUGCAUCUAUCGUGGAGCUGGAUACGGAAAAGUUCAGGAUUGCAAAGGCUGCGUCUGAGCUGGAGAUCGAGAGUGAGCGAUUAGAGGCAGAGUUGGAGUCGCUAAAGGCCCGGUUGGCGGAGCUGGACGCGCAGGGCCUCGAGGGAGAUGAGCUCACGAGAAGAGAACGCGAGGCAGAUGAUGCAACCAUACUACGGCUUAAGAUAUAUCGAUCACUAGGCAUCGAUGUUGACACCGACGAGGCAGGGAAUUAUAAUAAGGCUAUUAUCCGGAAUAGACGAAAGGGAGACGUCCAUGUCGUGAACAUCGAUCCAAAGUUCUCACGAUUCUUCUAUGCGAAUUACUUCUGGCAGGCCAUGUAG